UUCGGAACAUAAUUUACCGGCGGUCGGUUUUCUCUCAGUCUAAGGGAAAUAACAAUAACACCAACACUGUAAUAAUAAUAGAUAGUCUCACAUAUUACAGUGUCCCUGCUUUGUUAUUUUUGUCACCAGUUGGAUUAUGAGCGAAGCCUAAUAGUACGGAUAUUACCUGCCUUUAUGCCGUUCAUUAGAAGAUGAACGCCUGUGGCGUGGGGAUCGGAGACGAAAAUACAGUCGGAUGCCUUCGAGGCAGUGUGGUGAGUGUAGGUGAGCUCUCUCUAUGAGGUCAUCGCUCUGAGCCCCUCCCCCUCCCAGCGCGGGCAGCAGGAAUAAGGGAUGUCACAGGUGUUCCUCCUGACCUUUCUCAUGCUCUCUGCCAGCACCCAGAUCUCCCACGCUAAGAUCCUGAAGACCUUGAUGGAACAAUGGGGGAUGUACAAAGAGGAGUGCAGCCGAAACAUGAGCAGUGAGCCCCUCCCUGUCGGUGUGGUGUGUAACAGAACCUUUGAUCGUUACGCCUGCUGGCCUGAUGGCCUGCCGAACUCCACCGUCAGCGUGUCCUGCCCCUGGUACCUGCCAUGGCACCAUAAAGUUCAGCAUGGUCUGGUGUACCGGGAGUGCAAUUCGGAUGGGCAGUGGGUUCCCCUGAAGAACACCAGUGAGUGCGAGCAGGAUGAUCCAGUCCAGCAGCAGUAUGGGAGGAUUCUCAGCAAGUUCAGAGCCAUGUACACAGUGGGCUACUCCCUGUCCCUCUGUGCUUUGGUGCUGGCACUCGGCAUCCUGGUGGCCUUCAGGAAGCUUCACUGCAUGAGGAACAACAUCCACAUGCACCUGUUCUCCUCCUUCAUCCUGCGGGCGCUCUCCAUCCUCAUCAAGGACGCGCUGCUGGACACGCCCCCCCUGAACAUCACGCAGGACAUCUCGCCCGACUUCCAGGUGGAGCGGCUGGCCAGCAACGAGACGGCAGUCGGGUGUCGUAUCGCCAUGGUGAUGAUGCAGUACAGCAUCAUGGCCAACAACUAUUGGCUGCUGGUGGAAGGCAUCUACCUGCACAACCUGCUGGUUAUCACUGUCUUCACCGAGAGAAACUACUUCAACAUCUACCUGUGCAUCGGCUGGGGUACCCCGCUGAUGUUUGUGUUGCCAUGGGUGACGGUGAAAUACCUGUAUGAAAAUGAGGAGUGCUGGGAGAGGAACGUAAACAUGGGAUACUGGUGGAUCAUCCGUUUCCCAAUACUGCUCGCAGUCCUGAUCAAUUUCUUCAUCUUCAUUAGGGUGAUCAAGAUCCUCAUGUCCAAGCUGAGAGCCCACCAAAUGAGGUACACGGACUACAAGUUCAGGUUGGCUAAGUCCACUCUCACCCUUAUUCCUCUGUUGGGGAUCCACACCAUCCUGUUUGCCUUCGUCACAGACGAGCAGGCCCCGACUGGCCCCCUUCGUCUCACCAAACUCUUCUGUGACCUCCUGCUCAACUCCUUCCAGGGUCUGCUGGUGGCCAUCCUGUACUGCUUUGUCAACAAAGAGGUGCAGUCAGAGCUGCUGAAGAAGUGGAAAAGGUGGAAGUUGGGGAAGGACAUAGAGGAGGAGUACAGACACACCCACAGCCAGACAGCCCACAUCAAGAGCAGCAACGUGCUGGCCCAUCCGCCCCACUCCUCUGACUGGCCAGACCCCGCCCCCUCCGCAGGCGGACACCAGGAGAGCUGCCACCUGGUGGCCGAGUGCCAGAAUGGCACGGGCAGGAAUGAGCGUGUCCUGCGCUUCCCGGCCCUGCCACACGAUGGCGCCACCAGCUGCACCAUGCUGAUGGAGGACAUCUCCCUGGAGGACAGGCCGCAGAGUUAUGAGGCCCUGCCACAGGCCGCCAGCGAGAGCAGCCUCUGAACCGGA